AUGGCAGGUGGCGAGUGUAAGGAGAUAAACAACGUGUACGGAUCAUUGAGUCGCUUUGAGAUGAAUACUUGCGGCAUGCGAGAGGCCAGCUUUAGACAAUGGCCUCAUCGAAACAUUCCAACGGGACCACUCGUAAGAGGAGGAUUUUCGUGUAUGACUCCCGAAACAUCCACAGUCAGAUGUACAGAUUGUGGACUAGAGGUUGAUGCUUCAAAUCUAAACGGUACAAGCCCUUAUACCAUUCAUGCACAUCUGUCUCCGGAGUGUUUGUUCUUUUAUCCAGCCCACCCUUACAGACUGGAGUCAGAACGCAGACAGUCCUUCCUUUACUGGAAUGGAUAUCGUGGAACCGCGGAUGUCGACGAUCUAGUCAAAGAUGGAUUCUAUUUGACAGAAUGUGGCCAGGACAAUGUCCGAUGUUUCUGCUGUGAUAUAGGACUAUCGUCACUGAGCCCGGUGGUUAACAUCAGACAAGAACAUGGCCGACUUAGUCCGGGAUGUGUGUUCAGAAAUCACUUACAGUUGAUGGAAGAAUAA